CUCAGUUUCCCUAUCAUUUCUGUCAUUUCCAAAUUUGUAAACCAUUUAAAUUUAAUUUAAUUUCCAUAAGCUUAUUUAUGGCGCCGACGAUGAUGGCGGUUAUCGGCAUCGGCGGUAAGCACGAGAAUAAGAAGACGGCGGCGCCGGAGAGCGAGCUGAAGAGGAGGAACGAGGCGUUGGAGAAGGAGCUGAGGGAGAGCAAGGAGAGGGAGGAGCAGAUGAGGCGGGAUCUGCAGAGCACGUGGGAGAGACUGCGCGUGGCGGAGGAGGCAGAGGAGAGGCUCUGCUCGCAGCUCGGGGAACUUGAGGCCGAGGCGGUUUACCAGGCGCGUGACUACCACUCGCGAAUCGUGUCCCUCAUGGACCAGCUCUCCCACGCGCAGACUCUCCUUCAAAAGGCUGGGGGUUCCUCCUCCUCCUCCUCCAUUUCGGUUACUUCUUCGUCAUGACUCAUGAGAUUUAUGGUUCUGUGAAAAAAUUCUUGUAAUAAACUUUAUUUUUGCAGCGCAGAAUCAUGUUAUAUGAUGAUCGAUCAUCCAUACUCACGUCACGUGGAUCGAAUCUUUCUUCCUAUAUUGUAAAAUUUUUCUGUUGUAGAUUAUUUGUUUGGAGAGAAUAGUGUAAUUUUGAGAAUUGCGUCUUUUACCACUUUGAUUGUUCAAAAAUGCUUUUUGCAAAUGUAAAAAGUCUUAACAUUGAUUAUUUCAAUAACCAAUAAGAAUGUAAUCAACGUAUGAGGGUCUCUUCGCUUCCC